CGGAAAGUGGAUACAUUUUUCCCGCUUGCUCAACGAGACCUCACCAUUUCCAAUUAUUUUCAGCCAAGAAAUUCGCUACAGGAAAUCCGUUCCAGAUCCACCUCUAGCCUACCAUGUCUGAACCGGGUUCUGGUUGUGGUGUUUCAGCCCAGAGAUGCUCACAGCAGAGUCCAGAGUUGCUGUCAGUGAAGCUGGGGGACUGCAGUCAAACAGUGGAACUAAAUGUGAUUGUCAAAGACGAGGAGGAGGAGAGAGAAAUCAAUGAGGGGGAGGAGGAAGAGAGAGAGGAGGACAGGGCCUCUGUUGACUCAGGAGAGAUCCCCAACUCAGACUCAGUCAACAAGCCCAGUUCCACAGCAUCAAGACUACCUGGACAUGGGAGUUAUUCGUGCCCUCAAUGUGAGAAGAGUUUCAGUUCCUCAACUAUUCUAAAGAAUCAUCAAAGAGUACACACUGGAGAAAAACCUUUCCACUGCUCUGCAUGUGGAAAGAGUUUCAGUGAGAAAGUAAACCUCAAGAGACACGAGAGAGUACAUAGUGGAGAGAAGCCUUACCACUGCACCCAAUGUGGGAAGAGCUUCAAUCAUUCUGGAAGCCUUAAGGAACACCAAAGAGUACAUACAGGGGAGAAACCUUACCACUGUGCUCUUUGUAGGAAGCAUUUCAGUCAGCCAGGAAGCCUUAAGAAACACCAGAGAAUUCAUACAGGGGAGAAACCUUACCACUGCUCACAGUGUGGAAAGAAUUUUCGUUUCGCAGGAGACCUAAAGAGUCACCAGAGAUCACACAGUGGAGAGAAGCCUUACCACUGUUCUCAGUGUGGCGAGGGAUUCACUCAGCUCAGGCGUCUUAAACGUCAUCAGAGGAUACACAUUGGAGGGAAGCCUGUCUGUGUUUUAAAUGUGAUUGUCAAAGAGGAGGAGGUUGAGAGGGAAAUCAAAGAGGAGGAAAAGCGAGAAGUUGAGGAAGAGGAGGACAAUAGUGGUAUAGUUGACCCAGAUACAUCAACAUUACCUGGUUGUAGUCUUUACCCCUGCCAUCAAUGUGGGAAGAGUUUCCGUUCCUCAAGUAAUCUACAGAAUCAUCAAAAAGUACACACUGGAGAAAAGCCUUACCAUUGCUCUGAGUGUGGGGAGGGAUUCACUCAGCUACUACGUCUUAAAAGUCAUCAGAGAAUACACAAUGGAGGGAAGCCUGUUUGUGCGUUAAAUGUGAUUGUCAAAGAGGAGGAGGUUGAGAGGGAAAUCAAAGAGGAGGAAAAGCGAGAAGUUGAGGAAGAGGAAGACAAUAGUAGUGUCGUUGACCCAGAUACACCAAGACUGCCUGAUCGUGGUCGUUACCCAUGCCAUCAAUGUGGGAAGAGUUUCCGUUCCUCAAGUAAUCUAAAGAAUCAUCAAAGAGUACACACAGGAGAGAAACCUUACCACUGCUCCCAGUGUGGGAGGGGUUUCAGUGAGAAGGUAAAUCUUAAGAGACAUGGCAAAGUACAUAGUGGAAAGAAGCCUUAUCACUGCACCCAAUGUGAGAAGAGCUUUAAUUAUUCAGGAAGCCUUAAGGAACACCAGAGAAUACAUACAGGGGAGAAGCCUUACCACUGCUCUCUAUGUGGUAAGAGUUUCAGUCAGCCAGGAAACCUUAAGAAACAUCAGAGAAUACAUACAGGGGAGAAGCCUUACCACUGCUCUCUUUGCGGUAAGAGUUUCAGUCAGCCAGGAAACCUUAAGAAACAUCAGAGAGUACAUACAGGCGAGAAGCUUUACCACUGCUCUCAUUGUGGGGGUGGUUUCACUCAGCUAAGAAGUCUUAAAAGUCAUGAGAAAAUACACAUUGGAGGGAAGCCUGCCUGUGCUUUCAAUGUGAUUGUCAAGGAGGAGGAGGAGGAGGAAGAGGAGGAGGAAGAAAAGAAAGAAGUUGAGUGAGAGGAGAGCGACGUGAAAUAAAGGUGAAGUGAGAAUAGAUAAGCAACUCUAUAGUUAUUGAAAUUCACACCUAUCCUUGCAAUUGCAUCUUCUGUGACAGCAUGGUCAUGGGCAGCACCAUUUGAGUUUUAAAAAUCAGUAAGGGUUUUCCUGCACAACUGUAAAAUCAGACUGUAGUCUUGUCACAGCAGGGUCAGCAGUCGGGGUAAUUCCGUAACGUAAUAGUGUCAUCCCUAUUGAGAUGAGAUCGAGACCAGAUCGUUAACAACUAUAGUGGUUGCUGUAAUAGUGCUAUUCCCAGGUCUAAAGCCUUUUACAUGCUAUCGAGACAAGAUCGUUAACAACUAUAGUGGUUGCUGUAGUAAUGCUAUUCCCAGGCCUAAAGCCUUUACAUGAGAUCGAGACAAGAUCGUUAACAACUAUAGUGGUUGCUGUAAUAGUGCUAUUCCCAGGCCUAAAGCCUUUUACAUGAGAUCGAGACAAGAUUGUUAACAACUAUAGUGGUUGCUGUAGUAAUGCUAUUCCCAGGCCUAAAGCCUUUACAUGAGAUCGAGACAAGAUCGUUAACAACUAUAGUGGUUGCUGUAAUAGUGCUAUUCCCAAGGCCUAAAGCCUUUACAUGAGAUCGAGACAAGAUCGUUAACAACUAUAGUGGUUGCUGUAAUAGUGCUAUUCCCAGGCCUAAAGCCUUUACAUGAGAUCGAUACAAGAUCGUUAACAACUAUAGUGGUUGCUGUAAUAGUGCUAUUCCCAGGCCUAAAGCCUUUUACAUGAGAUCGAGACAAGAUCCUUAACAACUAUAGUGGUUGCUGUAGUAGCCUGAUUGGUUUACGUUAACAAUACAUGUCUCAUUGUAAACCAGGUUGCCAGUCCGGGUCUAAGCCUGUGUUCCUGGCCUUGACCCAAGCAUAAUUUAUUUAAUGAAUUAUUUCUGAACAAGAUCCCUCCCCCUAAUGUGCUGCAGUGUGUACAGUCUGAACAAGAUACCUCUUCCUAAUGUGCUGCAGUGUGUACAGUCUGAACAAGAUCCCUCCCCCUAAUGUACUGCAGUGUGUACAGUCUGAACAAGAUACCACCUCCUAAUGUGCUGCAGUGUGUACAGUCUGAACAAGAUACCACCUCCUAAUGUACUGCAGUGUGUACAGUCUGAACAAGAUACCACCUCCUAAUGUACUGCAGUGUGUACAGUCUGAACAAGAUACCACCUCCUAAUGUACUGCAGUGUGUAUAGUCUGAACAAGAUCCCUCCCCCUAAUGUACUGUAGUGUGUACAGUCUGAACAAGAUACCUCUUCCUAAUGUGCUGCAGUGUGUACAGUCUGAACAAGAUCCCUCCUCCUAAUGUACUGCAGUGUGUACAGUCUGAACAGGUACAAAGCCAAGGUUGGUGAUUUACUGCUUCCUGCAGUUAUGGAAUGUUAGCUCAGGACUAUAAUUCAUUGGUUGACUCCUCCUCCUGACCUCCUCCUGACCUGGAUGGAAUUAUACGACCUGGAUAUAGUGCACUACAUUUGACCAUGAUUUUUGGAAUGAGAUGUUGGACGAGCAGGUGUCACACUACAUCGGUUGCCACUACAAACGUAUCUUCCUUUAUCUACUACCAAACAGAGAAACGCUCCAUUUUCACAUCUGCUGAUGUUGGGUUGGUGCUUGAGAUUAUGAAUAUGUAGUAGAAUGUUUUUGAAAUGUCCCUUUAAAGGUACGUAUGCCCAUGUACACGACUAACAUUUAAAUGUAAAACAUUUGACAGUAUCAUAAUCUAUAUUUGACUUGAGCUGAAUACUGGGGCUGAGUCUAUAUAUAGUAUAUACUGGGGGCUGAGUCUAUAUAUAGUAUAUACUGGGGGCUGAGUCUAUAUAUAGUAUAUACUGGGGGCUGAGUCUAUAUAUAGUAUAUAAUGGGGGCUGAGUCUAUAUAUAGUAUAUAAUGGGGGCUGAGUCUAUAUAUAGUAUAUACUGGGGCUGAGUCUAUAUAUAGUAUAUACUGGGGCUGAGUCUAUAUAUAGUAUAUACUGGGGGCUGAGUCUAUAUGUAGUAUAUACUGGGGGCUGAGUCUAUAUAUAGUAUAUAAUGGGGGCUGAGUCUAUAUAUACUAUAUACUGGGGGCUGAGUCUAUAUAUAGUAUAUAAUGGGGGCUGAGUCUAUAUAUAGUAUAUAAUGGGGGCUGAGUCUAUAUAUAGUAUAUAAUGGGGCUGAGUCUAUAUAUAGUAUAUAAUGGGGGCUGAGUCUAUAUAUAGUAUAUAAUGGGGGCUGAGUCUAUAUAUAGUAUAUACUGGGGGCUGAGUCUAUAUAUAGUAUAUAAUGGGGGCUGAGUCUAUAUAUAGUAUAUAAUGGGGACUGAGUCUAUAUAUAGUAUAUAAUGGGGACUGAGUCUAUAUAUAGUAUAUAAUGGGGACUGAGUCUAUAUAUAGUAUAUACUGGGGGCUGAGUCUAUAGAUAUAGUAUAUACUGGGGGCUGAGUCUAUAUAUAGUAUAUACUGGGGGCUGAGUCUAUAUAUAGUAUAUAAUGGGGACUGAGUCUAUAUAUAGUAUAUACUGGGGGCUGAGUCUAUAUAUAGUAUAUACUGGGGGCUGAGUCUAUAUAUAGUAUAUACUGGGGGCUGAGUCUAUAUAUAGUAUAUAAUGGGGGCUGAGUCUAUAUAUAGUAUAUAAUGGGGACUGAGUCUAUAUAUAGUAUAUACUGGGGGCUGAGUCUAUAUAUAGUAUAUACUGGGGGCUGAGUCUAUAUAUAGUAUAUACUGGGGGCUGAGUCUAUAUAUAGUAUAUACUGGGGGCUGAGUCUAUAUAUAGUAUAUAAUGGGGGCUGAGUCUAUAUAUAGUAUAUAAUGGGGACUGAGUCUAUAUAUAGUAUAUACUGGGGGCUGAGUCUAUAGAUAUAGUAUAUACUGGGGGCUGAAUCUAUAUAUAGUAGAUACUGGGGCUGAAUGUCCCAAAUGGCGCGCUAUUCACCCUGUAGUGCACUACUUUCGACCAUGGGCCCUAUUCUGUAGUGCACUACAUUUGACUAUGGGACCUAUUCUGUAGUGCACUGCAUUUGACCAUGGGCCCUAUGGGCUAUUCUAUUGAAUACAAAAUAUGUCCAUAGACUCCAGUAGUGGAUAUUUUUUAUACAUGAUUAAACUCAGUAGAAGGGCUGGUUUCUAUUGACAUCAAGUCUAUUGUUGUGUCAUGAUGGAACCUGUAAGUAUUUCCUAAUCAUUUUGUUCUGAACAGAACCAUUGUUGUUUUUUUGUUCCAUUCCAGCAAAGUAAAGUUCUGAACCGGUUCGAACCCUGACGCGCUGGGCUUCUUGUUGCCAUGACGCGCUGGGCAUCUUGUUGCCAUGACGCGCUGGGCAUCUUGUUGCCAUGACGCGCUGGGCAUCUUGUUGCCAUGACGCGCUGGGCAUCUUGUUGCCAUGACGCGCUGGGCAUCUUGUUGCCAUGACACGCUGGGCAUCUUGUUGUUAUGACAUGUAUUAUCUGUUAUAAUAUGUAUUAUCUGUUAUGACAUGUAUUAUCUGUUAUAACAUGUAUUAUCUGUUAUGACAUGUAUUAUCUGAAUUAUUUUAUUCUUAUUUUACCUUUAUUUAACUAGGCAAGUCAGUUAAGAACUGUGGGUUAAUUGCCUGUUCAGGGGCAGAACGACAGAUUUGUACCUUGUCAGCUCGGGGGUUUGAACUUGCAACCUUCUGGUUACUAGUCCAACGCUCUAACCACUCGGCUGCCCACGGAAGUAUACCUACAGAGGAGCGGCUUCCAUGAUGAAACUUUGAAUGUCUUUGAACUUCAGAGAGUUGGCUUUAACUAACGUUGGACCAGAACUAUCCCUUAAUCAUGACACUCAGUUCCAUUACAGUACAGACAAUGUCUCCUAAACGUGAUAACUAUAGUAUCCUUAGUAUCCUUAACUAGCAUUGAAAUAGUUCAUCAAUGUUCUCUAAUUAAACCUCUCUCUCCGUAAUGUCUGAAUCACCCCUGCAAUGUCCGUAGCUACAGUAGACUAUGCAUGCUUCAGUGGGAGGGGAGGGGGAACGUAGCCUGCACACACUGGCAAAGAUUUUCAGCAGGCAGACACUGGAAUAUGUUUCUGAGUGUAUAGGGACUGGAAAGAAAUGCCUGGAAUGUAAAAUAACAUUAUUAACCAGUUCCCAUGCUUUUCAAAUCACUGUUCUGUUCCGGAACAGUAUAGAUCCCUUUCGUUGUCAGUUCUGGUUCUGUUCCGGAACAGUAUAGAUCCCUUUCGUUGUCAGUUCUGGUUCUGUUCCGGAACAGUAUAGAUCCCUUUCGUUGUCAGUUCUGGUUCUGUUCCGGAACAGUAUAGAUCCCUUUCGUUGUCAGUUCUGGUUCUGUUCCUUGAAAUUCCGGUUUUCUUUUCUGUUCCCUGAACUGGUUCCAACCCCUGUUUUAGAACAUUGUAAAGUAUCCAUUAAUUAAAUAAUAAAUGCUAACAAACUGU